AUGUUCUUCCUCAAUUUACUGACAUUUGGACUCGCGGGAAAGCUCGGAAGACUUACUCAUUAUGCAUUUGAUGCUGUCCUAUUCUCAGCAUUCUUGGCUGGUAUGAAGAGAUCAACUGGUUUAACCCUUAAGAAAGAUGUCACCGAAAACAAAGAAAUCAACGGUUGGAUCGAGAAAUAUCUUGGAGUUGGUGAAUGGGUUAUGGAUACAUCGGUAGCCUUUGCAGGGUCAUCCGGCUUCUUCGAGAGAAAGAGAUAA